AUGGUCUCUUGCUACACUUCGAGUCCCACCCGUCCACACUGGGGUGUAGAGACCACGAGCGGGUCCCGAUACGAGAGCCCGUACCUCUACCUUUCUGGUAGCUACCUUUCGGCGUACAUUGUGCCCAACAACCUCGGAUUUGCCGACAUUCCUCGUUUCUCGCGCAUCACUCGAGUCGAGAUGGACUUUUCGGCAUGCUGCUUCUACGACAACCGGGCUCUGGUCACCAUCUAUGGUGUGGCAGAUGGCACGCUGGUGCUCGAGCCUCAAGGUGUGCCGCCACCACCGUUUCAGCUUCGUGAUCUGCCGCGGACAACCGCCGAGAUGGAUCGCACAGGCACGGUUCAGACGUUCCCCAACUGGAACCAUGGCUUUGGAGGCUAUAUUGGGACUGAACCGAGCGUGCCCGAGCUCGUUGCCGUUGUGCAAGAGCUGGUGGAUCGGUCUGAUUGGAACGGCCAGUUGGGGCUCGUCUUUGUACCGGCUGCCUCGUUCGCUAGAGCCACCAGCGGGCUCCGCAUCACGCUCCACUUUGAUCGCCCUUGUCCCAACCUCAACAUUGCCAACGGUGUUACGUCGCCAGCCAUUCGGCGGUUUGAUGGAGAGACACUCUCGCUCAGCUGUAACGAGGGCUACGUCGUAUCGGGCGCGAGCACGACAACCUGCGUUGACUCGGGCAGCGGCGCCGCGUGGGACUCGGUUCUGUCGUGCGUGCCCGAUCCAACCAACUGCGUCAACGCCUUGCCGUCGCCAUCCAGUGGACAGGUCGAUCCGUCCAACUGCCCACCAGUCACGUUUCAGACAUGCACCUUUUCUUGUGCCGCCGGCUAUUACCGGCUGGGCUCGUUUAGUCGGUCGUGCCAGACUAACGGGGCUUGGUCUGGCUCCGAGGCGAGCUGCCACAUUCGGCUCUGUCCCUCGCUGGCGCCACCUGCUGAUGGAAGUGUGAGCCAGCCGGGUGUGCCGCAAUGGGGCGAUGCUGCCACCUUUAGCUGCAACCAGGGCUACCAGCGGGUCGGCCUGGCGUCGCGGCUGUGUGACACGGUGGAUGGCAACGGUGCGCGUUUUUCGGGCAACUCUCCGAGCUGCGAUCCCAUUCCGUGUGCCCCAUUGGGUCAGCUUCCGCCGGCAGAUGGAACUAAGACGUGCAGCGGUAGCGGGCUUGGAGAAAGCUGCACGUUUGCCUGUAAUCUUGGAUAUCAGCCGUCGGGUACAACUACCCGGACGUGCGUCGUCGGCUCGCCCAACUACUGGUCCGGUGCUAGCGACUUUGAUUGCAGCCCAGAUCCUCUACACUGCGACUCCAUUCUCCUCCCGCCAACCGACGGAAGCGUGUCGCCUGCAACGUGCGCACCGUUCACCGGCAACGUUUGCACAUUUGGGUGCAACGCCGGAUUCUUCCUCGCGGCCGGCUCGGCGAGCCGGACGUGCGAGCUCUCCAAGGCUUGGUCCGGCCAUGAGCCGGUGUGCAGCCUGAGGGCGUGCAGCUCGCUUUCGCCGCCGGCUAAUGGAUUUUCCAGCAGCGCGCCUAGCCCACCGAUGUGGGGCGCGUCGGUGGUGUUUGGUUGCGAUGAGGGCUAUGCGCUGGUCGGCGCCUCGAGCGUGCUCUGCGGUGUCGAGGGUCCGGGAGAUAACGCGUCGUGGACUGCACCGGUGCCGAGCUGUGAGAUUAUUGAUUGUGGGCCGCUAGUGCAGCCGUCACCAGCUAAUGGGAUGCGGUUUGACCACGGCACCACCAGCUAUGGCGCCAAUGUGACAUUUGCCUGCCUGCCGGGCUACAACCCGGUCGGCACCGCAGUUCGUGUCUGCAUCGAUGCGGGCGGGAGUGGCGUCUGGUCCGGCAUCGCCAACUUUGAGUGCUCGGUAGCUUCUGGCAACACAACAACAAUCUCCGCGGUGCGCGUCUCGACCCAUGUUGUCGGCUCGGUGUGGAGCUGGAGCGCGAGUGUCCGCGAUUUGUCGGGCAAUGCAGUGGUGACCGGCCUCGACGAGAUCUUUAUCCGCGAGCUAGCGCCAAGCACAGGGCCGCGAACGGUGGUCUCGACCUACACUGGCGCCAACGGGCACUACGCGAUCUCCUGGCCGCUGUCCACGAUCGCGGGUAGCUACCUCUUUGAGGUCGGGGUCAACGCCGAGCCGCUCCCGGCUCCACUGGCUGUCGACCUUGUCCCGGGGCCCGCAUUUGGACUGCAGUCGGUGGCCGAGGGCAGCUCGCUCUCGUCGCCCGACUAUGGCGAGGCUUCGUUUGUUGUUCACGCGCGCGACGCGUAUGGCAAUAAUCGCGCCAUCGGUGGCGAUGCGCUUAGCGUAGUCGUGACCCGCGACGGCGAGGCGCUGGAUGUAGAAGUUACUGAUCGGGGUGACGGAAGCUACGGCGUGAAGUACAGCGUGACUACCGCCGGCGUUUACGCGGUAACGGCGUCAUUUGACAACGUGCCGCUGCUAGGCUCGCCUUGGAUUGUGCGAGUUGAUUCGCGGUGUCCGCCGGGAUCCAAAGCAGUGGACGCAACCACCUGUGAGCUCUGCCCCCGCAACACCUACUCGGACAGCGUCAACGCGCCGAUCUGCACCGACUGUCCGCCGCUGAGCGAGUCAGAGGAGGGGACGGCGCAUGUGCUCAACUGCAGCUGCAGUGCUGGUGCAUGGAGUGGGCCACGCGGGCGACGGACGAUUGAGGCGCCGGGCUGCAUGGCCUGUCCGGUCGGCGGAGUGUGUGAUGGUGGUGACGUGCCGCCACGGUCUCGCCCCGGGUUUGCGCCGGGCGGCGGUGCGUUUGUGGCAUGUCCCCAGACCGGGGCGUGUGCAGGCGACGGCAAGUGUGCGCGCGGGUACAGCGGGCAAUUGUGCGCUCGGUGUGCUCGCGGGUGGUACCGGCUGGCGUCGCGGUGCCACAAGUGCGCGCCGCAGUCGACCGCGGGCGCAGUCAUCCUGCUUGUAGUGGCAGGGAUUGGGCUGGCGUGCGUGCUGGUGUGGAACAACGCACGCGAAGGGCCUGUCUACGGCUUUGCUGCUCUCUCAAUCUCGAUCACCGCGGUUCAGAUUGUGGCGCUGUACGGCGAGCUUGAUCUCAACUGGCACGAGGCGGCGCGGCUGGUGAUGCGGGCGACGUCACUGGCGUCGCUCAACAUCGAGCUCGCCGCGCCCGAGUGCACGUUUCCGGAUGCACGCAACCCGUUUUUGCUCAAGUGGGGCCUGACCAUGUCGCUCCCAAUCGCGCUCGAUCUGGGGCGAUCGUCGCGGCUUCGCCGGCUUCUGGCGGAUGGUGUGGCGACACGGGCGCAGUUGCAAUCGUCGUGUGCGCGAUCGUACUUGCAGAUGAUGGGGCUGAUGUAUCUACCGCUGGCACAUUCUACGCUCAAGUACCUAGACUGCUCGCAGGUGGGUGGGCGAUGGGUGCUUAGCGCGGCGCCGGGAACCUCGUGCUACGACAAAAGCUACUACAGCGCGUUAUGGGUGGUCGUGCUUUUUGUCAUCGUGUACGUGGUCGGCAUCCCAGCGUUUACCUUUGGGCUCCUCCUCCAGCAGCGCGUGACGCGGGCCGAAGUCUCGUUUGUGGCCCGGUACGCAUUCCUUGUCGCGCGGUUCAAGCCGCAUCUGUACUGGUUCGAGGUGGUGGUCAUGGGCCAGAAGGCGGUGCUGGCGAUGGCAAUCACGGCGCUACGCGGAGUGAAGACCAAGGCAGCCGGAGCGGCAAUGGUCCUUGUCAUCUCGACGAUGGCGCUCCAGGCCAUAGGGCCUUACCUCUGGUCGCCGCACAACGUGAUGGCAACGGCGGCGGCAGCCGGCGCGGCGGUGGUGUUGAUGGCGGGUGCAUUCGAUGUCGGCCUCCUAUCUCAUGUUGCGGUGGUGCUCGGCCUCGUCUGGGUCGUCCUGGUUGUUGUGCUGGGUGUGGGCUGGGAGGUGAGGGCGUCGCUGCAGGAGCAAGCUGAGGCUGAGAUCGAGGCCGAGGACGAGUGGGGAGAGGCCAAAGCUAGCGAGAUCGACGACUUUGAGCCGGCACUCCAUAUGGCAAGCAUCGAGAUGGGAUGCACAGACCUGUUUACGACGAGCGAUGAGGGUGGAAGUGAGGUUCACGCACACUUGGCCGAGGUGGGCGACGUCCGCGUGGCGAGUCCGAUGACCGAGUUUGCCGACUCGCCGCUGCGGUCGACGCGGGCCGAGUCGUUCACCCUCGAAUCAGACGGAAUGUAGCUCGCGGGUCACAGGCCUAACGUUGAAGAGCAGCAACACUGGCUCCGGUCUGCGGCGUCGCCCUGACGG